GAAACUCGGCCACACAACACGCUGAUUACCGGACACAGAACACGGUGAUUACCGGACACAGAACACGCUGAUUACCGGACACAGAACACGCUGAUUACCGGACACAGAACACGGUGAUUACCGGACACACAACACGGUGAUUACCGGACACACGACCCGCUGAUUACCGGACACAGAACACGGUGAUUACCGGACACAGAACACGCUGAUUACCGGACACAGAACACGGUUAUUACCGGACACAGAACACGCUGAUUACCGGACACAGAACACGGUUAUUACCGGACACAGAACACGGUGAUUACCGGACACAGAACACGGUUAUUACCGGACACAGAACACGCUGAUUACCGGACACAGAACACGGUUAUUACCGGACACAGAACACGGUGAUUACCGGACACAGAACACGCAUCAUGGCCUCUCAGAACUUGGACCCGGCCGCCUCGUCAGCUGCUCUGAAAGGCAGCGAAUCAAACGGCAGCUCAGCCCGAGGAUCCGUCUCCAAAAGGUUGCAGCAGGAGCUGAUGACUCUGAUGAUGUCAGGUGAUAAAGGGAUCUCAGCGUUUCCAGAGUCCGAUAAUCUCUUCAAAUGGAUCGGAACCAUCGAUGGAGCUCAGGGCACGGUGUACGAGGGUCUGCGGUACCGCCUCUCUCUGGACUUCCCGGCUGCCUACCCCUACCAGGCUCCUCGGGUGAAGUUCGUGUCUCCGUGUUUUCAUCCGAACGUUGACGAGCAAGGAUUCAUCUGCCUCGAUAUCCUGAAGGACAAAUGGUCCGCUCUGUACGACGUCCGCUCCAUCCUGCUGUCCAUCCAGAGCCUGCUGGGAGAACCGAACAACGAGAGUCCUCUGAACACGACGGCUGCUGAGCUGUGGAGCGACCAGGAAGCGUUCAGAGCUCAUCUCCACUCGACCUUCCAGAAGUGA